AACAAUAAAUUUCGUACAACUGGAUGCUAGAGAUAAGCGAUGUCUUGUUCUGAGGGAAGGUAUAUAAUGGGUGUCGUCGAAUUACAAAGGACAGUCCGAAGCUGUGACUGCGAUCUGAUUUCGAUCGCCAGGAAAUCAGUUCUGGUAGACCAUGAAGGUUCUGUUCGUCUUCGUGUUGGCCAUAACGGUCAUCAAUGUCCUCGGUGCCCCUUCCCGAGGAUUAAUUGAAUGGCGUGAUAAAAGAGACAGGAUAUCUCGUUGGAUCGGUAGGACCCGUAAAGAUGAUAGCGAUAGCGGUGAUUCUGACAGCGAUGAGAGCGAUGAGAGAUCCGUCGAAAGAAGAAGACCACGUUGGGGCAGGCAAUGGCGGAGAAAACCAUGUAGACCAAGCUCCUCCUCGUCGUCUUCAUCAUCAGCAAGUGGCGUAGGAGAAGGAAGUGGGCAGGGUUCAGGGUCCGGCCAGGGAAGCGGGCAAGGAUCUGGUGUAGGAAAAGGAAGUGGAAGUGGAAGUGGCCAAGGUUCUGGGUCUGGACUAGGCAGCGGGCGAGGUUCUGGUUCAGGACAAGGUAGUGGAUCUGGCAGUGGUCGAGGUUCCGGAGCUGGACAAGGCAGUGGAGUCGGAAAGGGCAGUGGUCAAGGCUCAGGACAAGGCAGCGGAAGCGGAAGUGGCGCUGGACAAGGAAGUGGGAGAGGUAGUGGUGCUGGACAAGGCAGUGGAUCUGGCAGUGGUCGAGGUUCGGGGGCUGGACAAGGCAGUGGGGUUGGAAAGGGCAGCGGUCAAGGUUCUGGUUCAGGACAAGGCAGUGGGAGAGGAAGUGGUACUGGACAAGGCAGUGGAAGAGGUAGUGGUGCUGGACAAGGAAGUGGAUCUGGUAGUGGUCGAGGUUCCGGAGCUGGACAAGGCAGUGGAGUCGGAAAGGGCAGUGGUCAAGGCUCAGGACAAGGCAGUGGAAGGGGAAGUGGUGCUGGACAAGGAAGUGGAUCUGGCAGUGGUCGAGGCUCCGGGGCUGGACAAGGUAGUGGAGUCGGAAAGGGCAGUGGUCAAGGCUCAGGACAAGGCAGCGGAAGCGGAAGUGGCGCUGGACAAGGAAGUGGGAGAGGUAGUGGUGCUGGACAAGGCAGUGGUCGAGGUUCGGGGGCUGGACAAGGCAGUGGGGUUGGAAAGGGCAGCGGUCAAGGUUCUGGUUCAGGACAAGGCAGUGGGAGAGGAAGUGGUACUGGACAAGGAAGUGGGAGAGGUAGUGGUGCUGGACAAGGCAGUGGAUCUGGCAGUGGUCGAGGUUCCGGAGCUGGACAAGGCAGUGGAGUCGGAAAGGGCAGUGGUCAAGGCUCAGGACAAGGCAGUGGAAGGGGAAGUGGUGCUGGACAAGGAAGUGGAUCUGGCAGUGGUCGAGGUUCGGGGGCUGGACAAGGCAGUGGGAGAGGAAGUGGUACUGGACAAGGAAGUGGGAGAGGUAGUGGUGCUGGACAAGGAAGUGGAUCUGGUAGUGGUCGAGGUUCCGGGGCUGGACAAGGCAGUGGGGUUGGAAAGGGCAGCGGUCAAGGUUCUGGUUCAGGACAAGGCAGCGGGAGAGGAAGUGGUACUGGACAAGGAAGCGGGAGAGGUAGUGGUGCUGGACAAGGAAGUGGAUCUGGCAGUGGUCGAGGUUCCGGGGCUGGACAAGGCAGUGGGGUUGGAAAGGGCAGCGGUCAAGGCUUAGGACAAGGCAGUGGAAGGGGAAGUGGUGCUGGACAAGGAAGUGGAUCUGGCAGUGGUCGAGGCUCUGGGGCUGGACAAGGUAGUGGAGUCGGAAAGGGCAGUGGUCAAGGUUUAGGACAAGGCAGCGGAAGCGGAAGUGGCGCUGGACAAGGCAGCGGAAGAGGUAGUGGUGUUGGACAAGGAAGUGGAUCUGGCAGUGGUCGAGGCUCUGGGGCUGGACAAGGUAGUGGAGUCGGAAAGGGCAGUGGUCAAGGUUUAGGACAAGGCAGCGGAAGCGGAAGUGGCGCUGGACAAGGCAGCGGAAGAGGUAGUGGUGCUGGACAAGGAAGUGGAUCUGGCAGUGGUCGAGGUUCCGGAGCUGGACAAGGCAGUGGGGUUGGAAAGGGCAGCGGUCAAGGUUCUGGUUCAGGACAAGGCAGUGGGGUUGGAAAGGGCAGUGGUCAAGGUUCUGGUUCAGGACAAGGCAGCGGGAGAGGAAGUGGUACUGGACAAGGAAGUGGGAGAGGUAGUGGUGCUGGACAAGGAAGUGGAUCUGGCAGUGGUCGAGGUUCCGGAGCUGGACAAGGUAGUGGGGUUGGAAAGGGCAGCGGUCAAGGCUCAGGACAAGGCAGUGGAAGGGGAAGUGGUGCUGGACAAGGAAGUGGAAGCGGUAGUGGUGCUGGACAAGGAAGUGGAUCUGGGAGUGGUCGAGGUUCCGGGGCUGGACAAGGCAGUGGGGUCGGAAAGGGCAGUGGUCAAGGUUCUGGAACAGGUAGUGGGACAGGUACUGGUGUCGGACGUGGUUCUGGUGCUGGCCAAGGAAGUGGGAGAGGGUCAGGCUCUGGACAAGGAUCUGGGACGGGACAAGGUAGUGGCCAAGGCUCUGGUGCAGGACAAGGAAGUGGGCGAGGUUCAGGAUCUGGACAAGGUAGCGGAAGUGGAGGAGGUAGUGGUGCUGGACAAGGCAGCGGAAGCGGCAGUGGCUCUGGACAAGGUAGUGGAAGUGGCAGUGGCUCCGGGCAAGGCAGUGGGAGUGGUAGUGGUUCCGGACAAGGCAGCGGAAGCGGCAGGGGCUCUGGACAAGGUAGUGGAAGUGGCAGUGGCUCCGGACAAGGUAGUGGAAGUGGCAGUGGCUCCGGACAAGGUAGUGGAAGUGGCAGUGGCUCCGGACAAGGUAGUGGAAGUGGCAGUGGCUCCGGACAAGGUAGUGGGAGUGGUAGUGGUUCCGGACAAGGUAGCGGUCAAGGAUCUGGUGCUGGUCAGGGAAGCGGGGCAGGUUCUGGUUGGGGAGUAGGAAGUGGGAGUGGUUUUGGUGCUGGACAAGGAAGCGGGCAAGGUUCUGGUUCUGGUCAAGGCUCUGGUUCGGGGCAAGGAAGCGGGCAAGGCUCUGGUUCUGGACAAGGAAGUGGCCAGGGUAGUGGGAAAUGAAAGGUCUAUUAGGUGGAGUACUUUGAAAAUCCGCCGAGCUGUUGAGACUUUAUCCGAGCUGUGCAUAUGAUGUUUAGAAAUUCCGCGAUAAUUCUAUUUAUAAAUCUCUUUAUCAACAAUAUCUACGAUUGCCGAGGAAAUGCACAAUAGUUAGUCCUACGUUAGUUUUUAUUAUUGACACUAUCAGCACAUUUCAACAAAUAUCCCAUUGUUGUUCAUUUUUACCAACAAAUUUUAUGACUUAUGUAUACUGUAUGAGCUAAAAGAAAUAUAGCAUGAAGAAUAA